AUGUACCGUGUCUACCACGGGACUUUUGGCAUAAAAGGUGCACGCUCAAAUGAAGACUCCUCUCUACCAAUGGAUACUACAGCAACAGAAAGAUCGAAGGCACUUUUGAUGAACAUGGAAGCGGAAGUGAAGGCAAAGGCUUCUUGUCCACUUAGCUCUCAAAAAAGGACACACAAUGUGCGAACGGAGUCGAUAAAAGGAGAAAGCAACCAGAUCUCCAAGCUGACCAGAGAGCAGAUUGAUAGACUUGUAGACGAACAAAGGCAGUUGCUCAUCGAUACAUAUAAAGAGAUGGAAAAGGAUCCUGUAAAGAACGGACUCAAGGUUCUUGUGAUGCUGUUCUCGGAAUAUCCGUCGUACAAGCAGAUAUGGCCACAGUUUCGAGCAAUUCCGGAUUCGUCUUUAAUGAAUGCGAUGGAACUCAGGCAAGAAGACUUGCUCAUGCGCUCUAACUGA